GAAGCUGGAGACCAAUGACUGGAGUCUUCUGAGCAAGAAUACAUGGAGAGAGAGAAAUAACACUGAAUCAAAGACUCAGCAACAGAAUGAACCAACCAAUGAAAAAAGCUCUAAGCAGUCCAGCAGGCCUCUGAGGGCCCAACAGAUGACUGAUUGUCAGAGCAACAGGAGGAGGACUGAGGACCCUCAUAGAAAGGACAACAAAGAGGAUGAUGAGAACCGCCCCCCUUCUCCCUCCUUACCCCAGCUUCCUCACUCCACCUCCCCCUCAAGUACCCCCUCGCGUUCCUUCACCUUCACCUGCCGCUCUGUCUGCAGAAGAUGGGGCUGCUGAUGAAGAGAUCGCCAUCACCUUGGACACCAGAGAGACACUGUUUCCUGAAGUGUCUGUGUUUAGAGACAGGGAGCUCGUCCAUCUUUCUCCUCCUAAAACCUCUGCAUCUCAACUCUGUGACUCCGCCCCUUGCCAAGUCCCCCUUCCUGUUGAGCCAAUCAGAGACAGCAGCACAGUGAGACCGGUCCGACACACACAUCUUUUCAGGACAACUCAGUCGGACGGGGCAGCAGACCCCGGGUCAGAUUGUUUCCAUGACAACCACCACCAGGAUGACCACUCUCAUCACCUGGGCAUUAACGAGCGACUGGAGAAGCUGCAGACGUUUUACUCCUCAGAGAAGAACGGCAUCUCUCCCAGGAUGCUCCUUGAGGCCGACACACACACCACUCACUCCUCAGACAGAGUCCACCUGGGUCCCAUGGAAACAACCCAGACGUCACCCUCCGGCCCCUUGCCACGUUUGCGCAAUGUGGGGCUAAAGGACGGACGAGGCAGGAAGAUGACAUGGGUUGGGUUAACCCGACCUGGGCCACCAGGACUCCUGGUCAAUGGGUCUAAACCUCCUGCCUUUCCCACACAGAGACAGCAUACUUUGGUCAUCAAGAGCCUCAGGCAGGAGAGGGGGAAGAGGAGAGAUCUGACGGCAGCAGGAGGAGGAGAGAGAGGGAUGGCAGGAGGAGGGAUGAAUGGAGCAAAGAGGAACUCAGUUCAGUUACGGUCAUCUCUCCAGCGUCGUGUGGCAGACCUGAAUCUGCCGCUGCUACCUGCAGCCCUGCAGGGGAAAAGUGACAAGAAGAGCCAGCUACACAGCAUGGACUACUGACUCAGAGAUAGGACACGGUAGAGCAGCAGUGAUAUGACAAGAGGUGGAGGAUUAAAGAAGGACGGAGAUAGGAAUGAGGUUAGUUACACAGGUGGUAACCAAUUAAGAAAAGCUGACUUGUACAGAAAUAGGGGCAACAUAAAGGUGGUGGACAGAAGAGGCUACUUAGAGAAGGUCACAUGCAGUUACAGUAGUUCUAACAACAAUGCAUGGAGUACUGCAAUAUUAGGACUGUGCACACGUUUUGACAAAUGUACAAACAGCAGUCACAAAAAGGUUCUAAAGCUCUUAUUCCCUUCUUUUACUGUUCAAUUCAUGUGUUGCUCACCCACAACACUCCAACCCAAACACCGCACAGUGUGCAUUUAUGCUGCAGUGCCAAAAUUUUAAACUCUGACUAUGCUCAUCAAUUUCAAAUUUGGCCUUCAAGAUUUUUUACUGUCAGCCAUUUUCUUCACCAUGUUAAUUUCCACCCGUCACAAUGUGAAGUGCAAGAUGCACACUGAUUUCUGGUUCUGUUUGUAUUUACUGUUCUUAAAUGCAUUUUUGUACUAAAAUUGAAAGUCAAAGUAAAAACAACAAACAUCAAAUCUACCUUAACGUCUUGACUUAGUGGCAAUUUAUCAGCAAAAUAAUUGCUCAAAUAAGAAUAUGUUGAUGUUAAUUUAAAUAGGGGUAUGUGUUGAUAUGUGUUUACUUGAGUUGGCUCUCAAACUAUCAUGCUCAGUUGUGAUAUUGCCAUUAAUAUGGAUGAAUUUUCUACCCUCAGAAAAGUGACUAAAUGGCUGCUAGUGCUAAAGGUUCUAGGUGUCCCCGUAAAGUUAUGUCACUGUAUUUGUGUUUCACUAGAAUAUAAGGUUUCCUUUCACACAGGA